AUGGCAGAUUUGGAAAACAUGCUUCUUGAGGCAGCAGGUAGAAAGAAUUCUCCGGUGAGAAAGCGACAAAAGCUUCGAAACAUAAGAUCGUCGAAACACAACGAUGCAUCAUUCUCUGAUAAUGGAAGUGAUUCCAAAGAGGAAGACUCUGAUAAAGGUGUUGGUAAAGGAAACAAAAGGCCAACAACAAUUGUGUCCAAUGUUCCGAUGAAGAAGAGAUUGGAAUUGGAAAACAGCAAAAGAGGUAACAAUAAUAAUAUUGGUAAUGAAGAUAAAAACAAAGGUGGAGAAGGAAAUGAUUUGAAGGAUGAAGGUGGUGCUGAUAGCAGUGAAGAAUCUGAUGAUGCUGGUAAUGAUCUUUACAAGAAUGAAGAUGACAAAGAAAGGCUUGCUAAGAUGACAGAACUCGAAAGAGAAAUGAUUUUGUCUGAAAGAGCGACGGAAAAAGGCGACAGAGAGUUAAAAGAGAAAAUGAUCAUGAGAAUGAAGAGAGAAAACAGUAACAAUGCACUUGCAAAAGGUUCUAAUUCUAAGAAUCGGUCAUCACCCCGUCCCCAGUCUACCAAGCUUCGUUUGUCAGCUCGAAAUGCUGAGAAAACAGCUGCAAAAGGCGAUGUACUAAGCGAAUUGCGCGCGAAGAGAAUGAAGCAACAAAUCACAGACCAUCAUGGAAAAUCAGAAAUGAAGAAAAAGAAAGAAACAUCGGAAGUUAGUCGAAGUAGCUCAAGUGAAAGUGAGAGUGUUGUGAGAUCAGAAAGUGAAAAAGAAUCUUCUUCUGAUGAUGAUGGUGAGUUAGUUGACAGUGAUGAUGAUAAGAACAUGGAUGAAUUAGACAAACCAACAUUUGAAGAAAUUAAGGAAAUUACCGUAAGAAGAUCAAGGCUUGUGAAAUGGUUGAAUGAACCGUUUUUCGAGGAACUAAUAGUUGGUUGUUUUGUGAGAAUUGGCAUUGGAAAAUCAGAUAAUGUACCUGUUUAUAGACUCUGCAUGGUUCAAAAAGUUGAGUGUGGUGAUCCUAAGAAACACUAUAAGGUAGAAAAUAGAGUUACUCAUAAGUACUUAAUUUGUGUUUGGGGAAGUGAAAAUUCUGCUGCUAAAUUUCAAGUUGCUGUAGUUUCUGAUUCUUCACCGUUAGAGAAAGAAUUCAAACAAUGGACUAGAGAAGUUGAGAGAACAUGUAGCUACAUGCCUAGUAAGAAAAACGUAUCGGAUAAAAAGGAAGCGAUAAAAAGAAUAAAUACAUACGUUUACUCGGCUGCUACGGUGAAACAGAUGUUGGAGGAGAAAAAAGCCGCGCCAUCUAGGCCAUUGAAUAUUGCAGUAGAAAAGGAUAAGUUAAAGAGGGAAAUGGAAAUAGCGAAGAGCAAAGACGACGAGGCGUGGAUGGAGAGGAUUAUAGCAAAGCUGGCAGAAUUGGAAGCAAUGCGUCGAGCGAGAGAAAACGAUGUGAAGGCUAUUAGGCUUGAUGAGAUGAACAAAAAGAAUCGCUUUGAGAAUUUUAAAAACUUAUCCGAGCAUAGAAGUAUGAACGCGAAUUUGAAAGAGGGAGAGAAAGGGUAUGAUCCAUUUUCAAGGAGAUGGACAAGGUCGAGAAAUUACUACAAUGAAGAUCAGAGUAAAGAGAGUAAAGAAGAAGGUAAAGGAGAAAAAGAUGAUAAGAAAGUUGGUGUUGAGGCGACAAAAGAAUCAUUGGAAGAAGCUGCUAAUGCAGGGAAGUUGAUUGAUACAAAUGCUCCUGUGGAUGUUGGAACAGAAUCAAACGUGUUGCAUGAUUUUGAGUUGUCGAUUUCAUUGGCUGAACUAAAGAAAUUUGGUGGAACACAAGAAGAAAGAAGAAAUGUGUUCUUUGAUAGGAAACAGAAAAUAGAAGCAACAAUUGGUUAUCAAGUACCUGAAAACGAUGGCAGAAAACAUCUUCUUACAUUAUCCAUUAGUGAUUAUAAGAGAAGAAGGGGGCUUCUUUGA